ACCUACUAUUUGAUUUUUUAAACAAAAAUUAAUCUAAACUAGACACAUAUUAAAGUAAUAAUUAAAUAACAUAUGAACUUUUGAUACUCCUUCAACCCUUCACUUCACAGAAGAUACCACUUACUUGUGCUUCGAGAAUUCUGAGUUUCCUCAUCGUACCUUUCUAGAAAGAAAACCAUGGCAGAGCUUUUCCUUUCUCCGUUAAUCCAACUGCUCUUUGACCAAUUGGCGUCUGGCGAGUUGCUCAACUUUGCACGCCGACAUGUGGGACUCGGAGAAAAGCUGAACAAGUGGAAGCAUACGUUGGAAGGAAUCCAGGCAGUCCUUGAUGAUGCGGAUGGAAAGCAGCAUGAUGAGAAGCAAUCCAGGGCAGUAAAACUGUGGUUGGAUGAUCUUAGAGACUUGGCUUACGAUGUGGAGGACAUACUUGAUGAGUUCGCCACGGAAGCUUUGCAACGCAAAUUGAAGGGAGGAGAUGAUGAUCAGGCCAGCACAAGUAAGUUACGGAAACUCAUCCCUACCUGUUGCAUUGGUUUGACUCCAAGUGCUCUUAAGCUCAAUGUUAGUCUGGUUUCAAAGAUAGAGGAGAUCUCUGCUCGAUUCGAUGAAAUUGUCGAACGAAAAGGUCGACUGAAAUUGGAAGAAGCUGCUGAUCGUGGGAGAUCAAACAGAAGAAGAGGGACACUGGAGCCAACCUCUUUAAUGACAGAUGCUUAUGUUUUUGGCAGGGAAAAAGAUAAAGAGGCUAUCCUUCAAGUGUUGCUGAGUGAAAAACGCAGUGAUGCUAGAGAUAAAGUUUCUGUGAUUCCCAUUCUUGGUAUGGGGGGCAUAGGAAAGACAACUCUUGCCAAACUUUUAUUCCAUGAUGAAAAAGUGCAAAGCUUUUUUGAGUUAAAAGCAUGGGCUUGUGUUUCCGAAGAUUUCAAUGUUGUUAGAGUCACAAAAGCAGUUUUGAAAAUGGUCACCACUGAAAGCUGUGACGACGAUGAUUUGAAUUUGUUGCAAGUCAAACUAGAGAAGAAUCUGAAAGGAAAAAAGUUUCUAGUCGUUUUGGAUGAUCUUUGGAAUGAGAACUACGAUGACUGGACUAUCUUGCGUGCUCCUUUCCUAGCAGGGGCUCCCGGAAGUACAAUUGUUAUCACAACUCGUAAUGAGAGAGUUUCAUUAACAACACGUUCCAUUCCAGAAUACCAUUACCGUUUGGAAGUGCUGUCAAAAGAUGCAUGUUUGUCUGUAUUUACCCAACAUGCACUGGGGGCAAGCAACUUCAAUGCACAUCCGGACCUCCAAGAGAGUGGUGAAAAAAUCGUUGAAAGAUGUAAAGGCUUGCCUUUGGCGGCAAAGACCCUCGGAGGCCUCUUGCGCACUAAAAAGGACCGUAAUGAGUGGGAAAAUGUACUUAAGAGCAAGAUAUGGGAUAUACCAGAGGAGAGAAGUGGAAUUGUUCCCGCCCUUAUGUUGAGCUACCACCAUCUUCCCCCACAUUUAAAAAGGUGCUUUAUGUAUUGUUCAAUACUCCCAGAGGACUGUGAAUUUAAAGAGCAGCAGUUGAUUUUGUUGUGGAUGGCAGAAGGUCUAAUUCAACCACCGAAAGAGGAUACGCAAAUGGAAGAUCUAGGUAGCGAGUAUUUUCAAGAUUUGUUGUCAAGGUCCUUUUUCCAACAAUCAAGCACGAAGAAACUACGAUUUGUGAUGCAUGACCUCAUCAAAGAUUUGGCUCAAAGGAUUGCAGGAGAUAUAUGCUUUAGGAUGGAGGAUGAAAUUCGGGGUGGUAAUAGAAGGAGAUUUCCUAAAAAGGUUCGACACUCUUCUUACUUGGGUGACGCCUAUGAUAUUGCUAAAAGGUUUGAGCAUUUUUUUGAACUCAAAUGUCUACGUACCUUCCUCCCUCUUCCACCUCCUUAUGGUUGUUAUUUGACUCAUAAUGUUCCUCAUCAAUUGUUGCCGAAAUUACUAUGUUUAAGAGCCCUCUCUUUGAGGGGGUACUGCAUAGUUGAGGUACCAGAUUCAAUUGGCGAUUUGAAACAUCUACGGUACCUUGACCUUUCUUACACUAAUAUUAGAGGUUUGCCUGAAUCAACAACCACUCUAUGCAACUUACAGACAAUGAUUCUGAAGAAAUGUUCUUAUCUAAAGAAAUUGCCGUCAAAUUUGGGCAACCUGAUCAACUUGCGCCACCUCAACAUUCUCGGUGCAAUUAAGCUGGAAGGAAUGCCUCCUCAAAUAGGUAAAUUAACUCAUCUCCGAACAUUGUCUAAUCUAAUUGUGGGAAAAGGCAGCUGCUUCACUUUAAGAGAGCUAGGUUCUUUGUUGCAUCUUCGCGGAACACUCAUCAUCUCACAAUUGGAGAAUGUCACUGAACCCAGGGAUGCAAGCGAUGCUAAGUUAAUUGAAAAGACUGAUCUUAUUGCGUUGUGCUUGGAAUGGAGUAACAGAUUGGAUGAGUCACUCGACAGAACAAGUGAAUUUGAGGUACUCAACAUGCUACAACCUCACAAGACUUUGAAAGAGCUCACUAUCAAGUGUUAUGGUGGUAUGAAAUUUCCAACUUGGUUAGCAGGUCAUUCAUUUUCUCAUAUGGUGGCUUUAACAAUUGAAAAUUGUAAAAUGUGCACGUCAUUGCCACCAGUGGGCCAACUACAAUCACUCAAACACCUUUUCAUUAAAGGCACGGCGAGGGUGAAGAAUGUCGGUCAUGAGUUUUAUGGGGUUAGUUGCUCACAACCUUUUGAAUCCUUGGAAACUUUGUGUUUCAACAAUAUGGAAGAAUGGGAGAACUGGAUCCCUAAUCAAGAGUUUAGAAACCUGCGUAAGCUUUCCAUUACAAAUUGUCCCAAGUUGUUGGGGAAGUUACCUAACCAUUUUCCUUUACUAGAAAAUGUUUUGGUACGAUACUGUCCGAGGUUGGUGGUUUCAAUUUCAAGCUUUCCUGAGCUUUGCAGACUACAAAUUGAAGGAUCCGAAGGGGUGAUGCGUGAAAAUAAGGUUGUCUUCAACUCACUAAAUUCCAAGUCCUUUUCAACAAUUUCAGAAUUCAAAUCUCCAAUAGAAGGGUUUAUUCUCGAAGGACUAACACAUGUAGAAAAACUAAAUAUUGAAAAUUGUGAGGAGUUGACACAUUUGUGGUCAAAUGAUGUGGGAUUAUUACAAUCCCUCCCACGUCUUUGUAACUUGAAGAUUUGGAAACCAUUUUCUUCGGCAGAAGAAGCAAAAGAGCAACCAAAACAGGGUAUGCCAUCCACCCACAAUGGCAUGGAAUUUUUACCCAAGGAAAUCAUGUACAACAACACGUGUAUUGAGCGCAUUGAGAUUAGUGGAUGUGAUUCACUGAAGCACUUUGCAAUAGGCCAGCUACCUCCAACACUUAAGCGGCUAUGCAUACAGAAUUGCAAGAGUAUGAUAAUUUUACUUGAUGAGGAUGAUGCCAAUAGUUGCAGUACUAGCACAUCUCUUCUUGAGUUCUUGGAGAUUUGGAAGUGUCCAUCCCUCAAAUUCUUAACAUCUAGCGUAGAAUUAUUGGCAACACUUAAACACCUCGAUGUUAAAGAUUGUGGACAGCUGGUGUCAAUAGCGAAAAGUGAAGAAUUACCUGCAACACUUCAACACUUUACAAUUUGGAGUUGUGGACAGCUGGAGUCAAUAGCGAAAAGUAGAGAAUUGCCUGCAACACUUCAACACCUCGAUAUUACCUAUUGUUCAAAGCUGGAGUCAAUAGCGAAUAGCUUCCAUCACAACUCGUCUCUUGAAAAGAUUCAAAUUCGUGGUUGUGAAAACCUUAAAUCCUUACCCACGGGCAUACACACCCUCAGCCAUCUAGACACGAUUGAAAUUAGUUGUUGUCGAGCUCUUGUUUCCUUCCCAGACGGAGGGUUGCUCCCUAGCAACCUUAGAGAGUUAACGAUUUUUUAUAAUGAUAUGGCCCUACCUAACUGCAUUCACAACAUCACCUCACUUCAAAAAUUGACGAUUAGCGAGGUAUCAUCCUUUUCGGAAGAGGGUUUUCCCGCCAACCUAACAUCACUUGAAAUCUGGUAUUGCAACUUCACUGAGGCCUUGCCUGAAUGGGGGCUGCACAGGCUUACCUCUCUUCAACAUCUUUAUAUUACAGGUGGAUGUCCUAAUGUGGAGUCCUUUCCAGCUGAGAAGAUGCUGCCUGCAUCUCUUACUACCCUCUCACCAUCAGAAGAUUCCCCAAUCUGA